UUUUUUCUGUUGCGAAUGGCUCCUCCAGCCACUGAUGCAAUUGACGCGACAUUAACAGAGCGCACUCCUCUUCUUCCAAGACACUCUACACAGGUCGAAGGAGAAGAACCUCUGCACAAAAACAAAACAGUCCAGACCUACGCUUUCACCUUUGGCUUCUUAUUCUUUAUCUCGCUCUGGGUGCUCUCCAUACGCAGCGUAUUACCUGUCCCCCAAUCCGACACCGAUGCACGCGCCUCUCUGGAUGUAUUUUCUGGGCUCCACAGCUAUAAUGAAUAUCUCAGCAAGUUUAAUAUGCCGCACUCUGCAAACCAGCGUGGAAACGCUGUUAUCAAAGACUGGCUUGUCGAACUAGCUUAUGAUUUCCAGGCUAAGGGUGUCGCAAAAGGUUUACAGGUUGAUGUCAUUGCAAACGACACCACUCCUCUUGUAUUCAACAAGAACAAAUUUGGUCCAAAUGAAUAUUGGUCUGUGGAGUCUCGAAAUGUUAUGCUCAGAAUUGUUGGGCAGUCAAAUAACACUGACGAAGCCUUGUUGAUUAAUGCUCAUUAUGACAGCGUAUCUACCAGUCAUGGUGUUACUGACAACGGUAUGGGUGUGGCUGUGGCUAUUGAGUUGGCUCGGUACUUUAUCAAACAUCCACCACACAACACUCUUGUCUUCUUGUUCAACAACUUUGAAGAAGCCGGUCUUAUUGGCGCCGAGCAGUUUAUUCGUCAUCCUUGGUGGUCUACAAUCAAGCUAUUUGUCAACCUUGAGGGUACUGGUGCAGGAGGACGUGCUCUAUUGUUCCGAGGAAACAACCUCAAGGCUGUCCAUGCACUUGCAUCCUCCCCAAGUGCACACUAUGUACAUGGAUCUACCCUUGGAAAUGACUUGUUGACUGCCGGUUUACUCAAGAGUGAUACUGAUUAUAGCACUUUUACUGCCAAUGGUGUUCCAGGUCUUGACAUUGCAUUCUACACUCCCCGAGCAUUCUACCACACCUCUCGCGAUGACUUGGUCCACACUACCCCAAAUGCACUCCAACACAUGGGCCAAAUGGCUCUCGGGGCCGUACGUGGUAUUGAUGAGUCCGAUGAACAUCUGUUGGGAUCUCCUACGAGCGAGAACAUGGUAUUCUUUGACGUAUUUGGCCGGUUUAUGAUUGUCUAUAGCUUCGAAACAUGCCAGAUCAUCAACAUUGUUGCCCUUGUCUUGGUCCCCCUGAUUGCCCUGGUGUGGAAUAUCGUCAGUCUGCGGUCGGUGGACGGCUUCAGAAACAAGAGUCGCGCAUUCUUGAAAAGAAUUCACAUCGCACUUCAAGGGCUCGUGGCCACUUUGAUCGCUGCUGCUCUGAUUGCUCUCUUUGUGGUCGCUGGAUCCGCUUUUACGCUCUACUUUAAUCCUUUGGUUACAUAUGGUUCCACUCUCGAUGUAGUCUUAUAUAUCAUAACUGUGGCUGUAGCUGCUUUAUUGGCAACCCGUACUCUGUGUGCGUAUCUGUCUAAGAAGACCGAUUGGCUGUCAUCCAUUGAUCGCUUCGAUGCUCAGAUGCACGGACUGACGCUUUUCUGGUGGGCAUUUGUGGUCUUCGCCGCACACUUGACUUCGCAGGGAUUCGCUGGUGCAUACUUUGCUGUCUAUUUCUUGAUCAGCAGCACCCUGGCCACUAUCCUCUACCACACUUUACCCCGCGACCGCCACAUCCGCCCUCCCACUGUCUACAUUGUCCAAGUACUUGUGCCCACCAUUCUGAUGUGCGAGCUGUUUUACCUCAGCAUCGACUCUAUGCGCCACACGACAGCUGACGGCACACCCGAAACUGCGAUUUAUCAAUUGAUCUGCCUACCCCUCGGUUUGAUCAUCAUCCAGCUUUUACCCUGGGUUCAGGUAGCCGGAUCACAUUCGACAGUCUCAAGAACCAUCUGGUUCCUUUUUGUGGUUUACUUUAGUAUCACAUUACUGUCCAAGCCUUUCAAUAGCGAACUUUCACCCAACCGUAUCGUCUUUACUCAAGAAUACAACGCAACAAGCUCACUGUCGACCGUAAAUCUAGUCACGGGUACGACGUCUAUCAAAAAAACUUUGGAAGAAGUCCUGUUGCCCAACGAGGCAGACUCCUUGACAUGCGGGCCAUUUAAUGCUUAUCAGACACGCUGCAGUUACCAGUCCAGCCUGGUUCCCUUACACGCGUCUCAGCCUAACGAAGUUGACACACAGGUCGAUACUCUCUGUGGCCCAAAGACCUGCCGAUCGAACAUCACAACCGUAGCCCAGAACAGUCUGCUGUGUCAGUUGCAAUUCACAUCCUCUGAGAGCCCUGUACGUGCAUGGGUUGGUAACCUUCCUGUGUUGUCCAAAGACGGCAAGACUGAACCAGAGUCUAUUGGAUCAAUUGUGUCCUAUAUCAACACUCUGGGUCAACCCAUUCGCUGGACCAUUGAGUAUCCUGUAGCAACCCUACUUGAGCCUCUUGUGAGCUGUGUCUAUGACGACUGGGCCGACAAGGAAAUGCGUGCCUAUACCAGACUCCGCAACAGCCUUCCCGAAACAUCUUCCCUCACAAUCCGUGGAGGUGUUGGUUUGGCAAUUGCUCACUUUUACCCUCGUUUACCCAUCUAAUAACAAUAUUGGCGGCCAACAGAAUUCCCGUGCUAUUUAUCUUUCUCUCCUUCAUUUACUCACUCACUCACUCACUCACUCACAAGUAUAUAUAUAUAUAUGUGUGUGUGUGUGUGUGAAUAUGAUACAAUAAAAGCAGCAAAAUGAAUGAAUAUUAUUGUACAAUAAAACCAGGCAGAACAUCAGUUGGUUUUUGCCUAUCUAAACC